CGAAGAGGUGGUCGAAGAGGAGCUUAGACCGGUUUUCGAUGACGAGGAAUUGAUGGAGCUGGUUAGUGGUUCGACUCUCGUCUUGUAGAAUAAGUAGUAAAGUAUUCUAUCACACGAUUGGGUGAUAGGAUGAUGAUGAUGAUUAUGAAUGAGGAUGAGAAAUAUAGGGGGAUAUUAUUAGUAUGAAUUAUGAGAAAAAAUGAUGAUGUUGAGGGCGGUGAUGACGAAGAUCGUGUGGAUGGGGAAGGUGAUGAUGAAGAUGAUGAGAAUGGUGAAAAUUAUGAGGAUAAUGAUGAUGAUGACGAUGAGGAGGAAGAGGAACAGGAAGAGGAUGAUUAGGAUGAAGAAGAUAGAUAAACGACGAUGGAUAAGUAUAGACAAUAAUCCAAAAAAAAAAAAAUAAAUCCGAAUUAUAAUUAUAAACGAACAUCCCUUCUGUUCUCCUUCUGUGUGUAAGAAUAAAUUAAAUCGUAAACGAACGAAUCUAAAAAUGCAUUUUUCAAACGUAUUCGCAAAAAUCAUUGCUCGAUACACUAUGAUGUAUCUGUAGAAAAAAAAAAAAAAAAAACCUUCUUCGAUCCCUUUCCUCCCUCAAGAUAAACAUCGUGAAAGACAUGACGACGUUGUCCGGCUUGAAGGACAGUCACUGGACCUACUUCAGCGAAAUGACGAUCCGUGAAUUCUUCCUGAACCCGACCUUCACCACCAUGUGCAUGUUCUUCUCCCACAACAGGCUGAUCGUCUCCCUCUCCUUCCCCCUGAUCCUUGUCACCGAGUUCACCUACUUCAUCAGGCAGCCACGGCAGGUGCUGCGCGCAGAAACGUUCAGGAACGAGAUAUUGUUCGGCACUGUGAACGACAAACCGGAAUACUACAUACUGUCCAUAGUCGAGAACGUGCUGGCGCCGAUCUUCCUCAAGAUCGAGACCUGGCCAGACAGUAUCCUGCUUAAUUCGUGUUUAAUUAACCAAAGAGUCUUCUCCCUCUUAAUCUCCCCCCUCGAAAAAGUUUAA